CUCCGAUUAGUCGGUCGCGCAUUAGACAGAACCGAACGGUUUCCAUUUUCUUAUACAUUGAAAGAUGAAGCUUCUAAUUGUUUUCGGUGUAACAAUCCUUGUUUUGACAACUUUUGUCGAGGCGAAAGAGAUAUCCCAGCUCUUGCAGGACCGACGUUACGUUGAAAGGCAAAUCAGAUGUAUUUUGAACGAAGGACAUUGUGAUAUUAUAGGGAAAACGGUUAAAGAAUUAUUGCCGGAAGCGUUGAACGACAAUUGCCGACAUUGUACAUCACGACAAAGGGAGCACGCACAGACAUUGAUGGCGUUCACGCAAAGAAAUUAUCCGAACGAAUGGCUCGCGAUCGUUCAACAGUAUGGGAGAAUGUGAUAUCGUAAAUAUUGAGGAAUUCAAUGGAACAACCGACAAUCGAAACAAAUCACAUUCAGCCGAUAUGUUUGAAUAGUUUCUAGAAUUGACAACUGGUUCAUUUCCGAUAUAUUAUGUAUUGUUAACAUUACCUGACGACUUUUUAUGAAAAAUAUAUGUUU